GAGGCGCGCUUACCGGAAGUGAACCCCGGGACAGUCUAGAUAGAACCAUAUAGGAGUGUUAGACUCGGUGUCUCGCACAAGUGCCGCGAGUGACAGUUUUAGUUUCUGUACACCUGAACUCCUGCGUAUCUCGCACUGUCGCUGUGCUAGCUUUCUGGGAGGAUGGUGGCUCGCCUGCUGCUGCGCGCCUGGCGCCGGGGCCUUGCCUUUGGCCCGGGUGCCCGCUGUCGACCCCUCAGCACCGGCUCCGGGCCCGGCCAGUACCUGCAGCGCAGCAUCGUGCCCACCAUGCACUACCAAGACAGCCUGCCCAGGCUGCCUAUCCCCAAACUUGAAGACACUAUUAGGAGAUACCUCACUGCACAGAAGCCUCUCUUGGAUGACAGCCAGUUCAGGAAAACAGAACAGUUUUGCAAAAGUUUUGAAAAUGGAAUUGGAAAAGACCUGCACGAGCAACUGAUUGCUCAGGACAAGCAGAAUAAGCACACGAGCUACAUUUCAGGUCCCUGGUUUGAUAUGUACUUAACUGCCCGAGAUUCCAUUGUCCUAAACUUUAAUCCAUUUAUGGCAUUCAACCCUGACCCAAAGUCUGAGUACAAUGACCAGCUCACCCGGGCAACCAACAUGACUGUUUCUGCCAUCCGAUUUCUGAAGACACUCCAGGAUGGCCUUUUGGAACCAGAAGUGUUCCACUUGAACCCCGCCAAGAGUGACACUGAUACCUUCAAGAAACUCAUACGCUUUGUGCCUUCCUCUCUCUCCUGGUACGGUGCCUACUUGGUCAAUGCAUAUCCUCUAGAUAUGUCCCAGUAUUUUCGGCUUUUCAAUUCAACACGUUUACCAAAACUCAAUAGGGAUGAACUCUUCACUGAUGCCAAGGCCAGACACCUCCUGGUCCUAAGAAAAGGUCAUUUCUAUGUCUUUGAUGUCCUGGAUCAAGAUGGCAGUGCUGUGCCUGCCUCUGAAAUCCAGGCUCAUCUGAAGUACAUUCUCUCAGACAGCAGCCCUGCUCCCGAGUUUCCAUUGUCAUAUCUGACCAGCGAGAACCGGGAUGUCUGGGCAGAGCUCAGGAAGAAGCUGCUGAGUGGUGGCAAUGAGGAGACCCUAAGGAAAGUGGACUCUGCUGUGUUCUGUCUCUGCCUAGAUGACUUCCCUGUUAAGGACCUUGUCCACUUGUCCCACAACAUGCUGCAUGGUGAUGGUACAAACCGCUGGUUUGAUAAGUCCUUUAACCUCAUUGUAGCCAAGGACGGCACUGCUGCUGUACACUUCGAACAUGCUUGGGGUGAUGGUGUUGCAGUGCUCAGAUUUUUUAAUGAGGUAUUUAAAGACAGCACUCAAAGCCCUGCCAUCACUCCACAGAGCCUGCCAGCUAGGACCGACUCUUCUGUUGCUGUGCAGAAACUCAACUUCAAGCUGGACGAUGCCUUAAAGACGGGCAUCAGGUCUGCUAAGGAAAAGUUUGAUGCCACUAUGAAAACCCUCACCAUUGACUGCAUUCAGUUUCAGAGAGGAGGCAAAGGAUUCCUGAAAAAGCAGAAGCUGAGCCCUGACUCUGUGGCCCAGCUGGCCUUCCAGAUGGCCUUCCUGCGGCAGUAUGGGAAGACAGUGGCUACCUAUGAGUCCUGCAGCACUGCAGCCUUCAAGCAUGGCCGCACUGAGACCAUCCGCCCAGCCUCCACCUUCACAAAGAGGUGCUCUGAGGCCUUUGUCUGCACACCCUCCAAGCACACUGCUAGAGAGCUUCAGCAGAUGAUGGCCGAGUGCUCCAAGUACCACAACCAGCUGACCAAAGAAGCAGCAAUGGGCCAGGGGUUUGACCGACACUUAUUUGCUCUGCGAUACCUGGCAGCCACCAAAGGGAUUGCCCUGCCUGAACUAUACUUGGACCCUGCAUACCAGCAGAUAAACCACAACAUCCUGUCCACAAGUACACUAAGCAGUCCAGCAGUGAACCUCGGUGGCUUCGCCCCUGUGGUCUCUGAUGGCUUUGGCAUAGGGUACGCUGUUCAUGACAGCUGGGUAGGCUGCAAUGUCUCCUCCUACACUAGCCGCAAUGCUCAUGAAUUUCUGCGCUGUGUAGAGAAGUCCUUAGAAGACAUGUUUGAUGUCUUAGAAGGCAAAUCCAUCAAAACCUAGCUGCUGGGCUGGUGAAAAAUUUCCAUUGUGUUACUGACGUGAAAAUUGAGGUCUGUGUAGCUAAUAGGUGCUAUUCUGUGACUAAUGAGAUUCAUGAGGUGUCUGAGCAGCCAGUGCUGUAAAGCCUGAGAUUUCAAACCUUGGCUUUAAAGGCUACACACGUGACUUCCUGGUGGGACAACUACUAAAGAUAAUGUGAGACCUCAACUCUAAUGAUGUCUGAUGAGGUAAGAUUUGGAAAAAUAACUCAGGUGUAUUUAUUGUUUAAGGAGAAAUAAAACUUUGUUGCUUGGA